AUGCUGGGGUUGGAGGAUGGUCUCGUCCUACUCCAACAGGCGUGGGACACCUUUUGGCAGGCUGAUCCUGGUGGUCUGGCAAGUUACCCCCUACUACCUCCAGUGUCGGUACCCAUCCAGCUAGGGAUGAUGCCGACUGCUGCUCCUCUAGUGGGAGCUGCUGCUCUGGCGAGUGGCCUUGGAAGGGACGAUGCCACCUCGAGGGACUUUUUCGGCGAGGGUCCCAGGAGGACUUCGUCAUCGAGUAGUGGCGUUGGUCGCGUCGGUGGCGGCGGUGGCGUGCCAGUGAAUAUCGCGACCAAGAGUGGUGGAUCAAUGGAGCCUAUGGAUGAGGAUGAGCACUACCAAGGAGGUCACAAGAUCAACUCUGGCAGAUCUAGGAAAUUCCUAGAGUGGCUGCCGACUAUCAUGACAGGAGUCAGCUUAUUCGACACCUCCCUGCUGGUCGCUACUAUCCGAGGCUUUGGGAUUCCCUGUGAUGUCCCUUUGUUGGCUUGGGCAAUAGUGGGGCUCUUGCUGGGCUGGCCGGCUACCUUCCUGGUCUACUCCUAUGGUCGUGAAGAGGGAUUCAAAGGUGCUUUUAUUCUGGAGCUGUUACUCUUGGCAGGCUCCUUCUGUUGGCUGUGUACAGGCUUGGUUUGGGUGAACACCUCGAUCACUUGCAUUGACACGUCGCCGCUACUAUGGUGGACGGUCUUUGUGAACUCGAUCACCAGCUUGUCGAUUACAAGUACUAUUAUGUUCUGCAUGGUUGUUACUACGGUUAUAUCAUUGCUCUUUGGUGGUGGAGGCGGUGGAGGCAGACAGUGAUCGCCUGAUAUGCAUACUCGUUAGCAGCGUAGAGGAAGAGCUCUCGACCCCUGUAUGUUGCUGUCCUCAUCAAUUUUCUUGAGAUGCCUCGGUUUGCUAUUUUACAGUAUAGUCUUAUUAUAUUCAAUUCAUCGCUAUAUGCUAGUCUUGAGGUCUGUCUAGAUAGACUGACGGACUUCGGCUAGUAAUGUUGGUGUAUUGAAUCAAUAGGAUGUGACCUGUUGGUAGGGCUGAUGGCUACUCGAAAUAGUGAGGAAGUAGACAGUCAGUUGGUAUUGAGGGCGACCUUAUGCGCUUGCUGGGGUUUGAACCAUGGUGUAAGGCAGAAGAGUCAGCGAUGAUACCGUUAGGCUGUUGAAUCGUAUAUAUAUCGACAUGA